AUGUCUCAAGAACAAAAUAAAACUAUUGAUGGAUUCUAUCUACUAGAUCCAAGUAAAACAUAUCAGCCGUCAAAACCCACACCAUUGAACAACCUUCUUAACAUCUACAGUCUAGAAUCAGUAGCAGACCUGCUAGCGCGUACAAAUCCGGAUGGUUCCAAAAAGGUCAAAUUGAGGAAAUCAUACAAGGCGCACAUCCAGGAUUUACCUGGGAAACACCUGAUACCUCCACCAAAAGAAUUACCCAUUGGGUUAAUGGAUCCCCUGAUUCCUCAGCACCCAGAUGUGAUACAGGAAUUUGACAAAAAUCUACUAGAUAAAGCCUUGCAUUUUGAUAGAACACCAAUAACAGGGAUACCCGGAUUUGAUGUGGCGGAUUUGGCUCUAGCAGAUGCACUGGCUUCUAAUCGUGGAGAUGAAUAUCUCGAUGAAGAUGGUAAAAGAACCAAGAGGAAGAAAAAGAACCAAGCAGGUGGCGAUUUUAAGAAACAACACGUUUAA